AUGCUGUUAUUGGCAACAGCAUUGUGUUUCAUUCACCCAAUUACUAUUCAAGGAAGAUACUUCGUUGAUACUAUCACCAAUGAGCCAUUUUAUAUUAAAGGAGUUGAUUAUCAACCUGGGGGCUCUUCGGGCGUAGUAGAUUACAAGGAUCCAUUAUCCGAUGCAAGGGCAUGCGCCAGAGAUAUUCUACUUUUCCAGGAGCUUGGUAUUAAUACAAUUCGUGUUUACUCCGUCAACACCGAUUUGAACCACGAUGCUUGUAUGUCUAUGUUGGCUGCAGCAGGGGUUUAUUUAGCUCUUGAUGUGAACUCCCCAAUUCCCAACCAUCAUUUAAACAGAUAUGAACCAUGGAAUAGUUAUAAUGUGGAGUACUUGGAGAAUGUCUUCAAAGUGGUUGAACAGUUCUCGUAUUAUAAUAAUACGCUUGGGUUUUUUGCUGGAAAUGAAGUCAUCAAUGAUAUCACCUCUGCAAAGAAUUCAGCAGUUUAUGUCAAAGCCAUGGUCCGAGAUAUCAAAAACUACAUCUCGUACAAUUCACCCAGGCCAAUCCCAGUUGGUUAUUCAGCGGCUGAUGACUUGAACUUCAGGAUUUCCUUCUCCCUGUACCUCCAAUGUAUGGAUGAAAGCCCAUCUGAUUCGGUCGACUUCUAUGGUGUCAAUUCCUACCAAUGGUGUGGAGACCAAACCUUUUACACUAGUGGAUACGAUUCCCUUGUCAACGAUUACCUUUCUUAUUCACGACCUGUAUUUUUAUCUGAAUAUGGGUGUAAUCUUAUCACCCCAAGGCAGUUCGGAGAAGUUCCUACACUUUAUUCCAAUGAUAUGGUAGACGUAUUUAGUGGUGGUUUGGUGUAUGAGUUCUCACAGGAACCUAAUAGCUAUGGAUUGGUAGAGCUUAGCUCUAAUGGGGAUGUGAAGCUUUUGGAAGAUUUCCUCUCUUUGAAGAGGCAAUUUGAUGCCUUGCCCGAAAUAGACUACCACCAUGUUGCCCAAGCAAUGAGACAAAAUGCCAAGGAGAUCCAAAGCAUAAAGAAGUUCCAAAGAUUUGGGUUGCAACCCUGUGACGAAACAUAUGAACAUAUCGAUAUCAGCAGGGGAAUUCCCAAGAGUUUGGCUGAUGACUUGGUCGAUUUUGGAGUCGAAGUUCAACGGGGCAGGUUCAUUUCACUUUCAGAGCAGGACUUUACCUGUGCAUUCAACAUUUUGGAUCCCAAGGGUCAGCCAUACCCCAUAUCAAAAACAAUCACCCCUAUAAUUGACCAUAUGUCUGGAGUUGGUUAUGAUAAGUUCAAUCGGGUCAGGCACAAGAGCGGUAUGUAUAAUGGUGACGAAUCUAAGGAUGAAAAUGGAGUCUCGGAGUGGGAGUACUCCGACAGUGAUGCAAGUGGAUCCGAAACUGAUCUGGAGUCGAUGGGUAAUAAAGAUGAAACCAUAUUCAGCAAAGCAUCAACUUACUUGGCGAAUGCUUUCCACUCGAUUGCCAAUAUCUUCUCUCAUCUGUGAGUUACACGU